GCAUAUAUGCAUAUAAAUAACCAUCGUGCCUUUGCUUUUAUUUUUGUUUCACCAUUCCAGUGCUCUAUUAUUGUUCUGUCUCCUUUUCCUCUCAAUUUUUUGUGCUUAGUUGUGUUGGUUCUGCAGCCAGUUAAUUAAUAUGAAGGAGGUGCUGAGUGAAGAUUUGAUUGUUGAGUUUCUAGAAGCCUUCUGUCUUUUUGACAGAGAUGGAGACGGCUGCAUAACCAUGGAGGAAUUAGCUAGUGCACUUAGAACACUGAAUCAAAAUAAUCCUAGGAAGGAAGAGUUGCAAAUCAUGAUGAAUGAAGUGGAUAUGAAUGGCAGUGGAACCAUAGAAUUUGGGCAGUUCUUGAAUCUCAUGGCCAGAAAAAUGAAGCAAAGUGAAGCAGAAGAGGAAUUAAAAGAAGCUUUCGAACUGUUUGACAAGGAUCAAGAUGGUUACAUAUCACCCACUGAGUUGUUAUCUGCGAUGAGAAAUAUUGGAGUGAAGAUCACAGAAGAAGAGCUGGAGCAUAUGAUCAGACUGGCUGAUUUGGACGGUGAUGGACGAGUUAAUUAUGAAGAGUUCAUGAGGAUGAUGACGGUUUAAUUAAUUGUUAUACUAAUAGCUCAAAUGAUCAAUAAAUGCAAAGUGACACUUUUUUUUUAUGAAACAAAUGCAAAUGACAUUCUGGUUUGUUAUUCGCGAUGAUA